AUGGUGGUUUUAAGACAGGGAGAUUACGUGUGGUUAGACUCCGGGUUCGGCGUGCCAAUUGGAGCAGAGGUCAAGCUCACGGACACCGGGCAGCUCCAACUGAUCGAUGAUGAAGGAAAGGAGCAAGCGGUCAGCAAGAAGAAUGAGAAGUCCAUUCGGCCCAUGCACCCCACGUCGGUGACGGGUGUGGACGACAUGAUCCGGCUGGGGGACCUCAACGAAGCCGGGCUCCUCCGCAACCUCCUGAUCAGACACAAAGAAGGCAUUAUCUACACGUACACGGGCUCCAUCCUGGUGGCGGUCAACCCCUACCAGCUGCUGCCCAUCUACACGGCCGAGCAGGCGGAGAUCUACACGGACCGCAGGCUGGGGGAGCUGCCCCCCCACGUCUUCGCCAUUGCCGACAACUGUUUCUUCAACAUGCGUCGCAACCACAAGGAUCAGUGCUGCGUCAUCAGCGGCGAGUCCGGAGGAGGAAAGACUGAAAGCACCAAACUGAUGCUGCAGUUCUUGGCUUCUGUCAGUGGUCAGCAUUCCUGGGUAGAGCAGCAGAUCCUGGAGGCCAACCCCAUCCUGGAAGCCUUCGGCAACGCAAAGACCAUCCGCAACGACAACUCGAGUCGCUUUGGAAAGUACAUCGACAUCACAUUCAACAAAAGCGGGGCCAUCGAUGGCGCCCGUGUGGACCAGUACCUCCUGGAGAAGUCCAGGGUCUGUCGCCAGGCUCCAGAGGAGAGAAACUACCACAUCUUCUACUGCAUGCUGAUGGGGAUGCCAGCUGAGCAGAAGAAGAUCCUGUCUUUGGGGAAUCCUUCAGAAUAUCAUUACCUUACCAUGGGCAAAUGCACGAGCUGCGAGGGGCGCGAUGACAUUAAGGAGUACGCUCAUUUCCGCUCCGCCAUGAAGAUCCUGACGUUCACUGAGAACGACUCCUGGGAGAUCUCCAAACUACUGGCUGCAAUUCUUCACUUGGGCAAUGUGGACUUUGAGGCUACCAUCAUGAAUAACUUGGAGAGUUGUGACAUUCGCAGCUCUCAUCAUUUCACAAUGGCUGUCAAGCUCCUGGAGGUGGACACUAAAGCUCUGGACAGCAGCUUGACCAAGCGCUCUGUCAUGACCAACAGGGAGAGUGUUUCCAAGCCACUCAGUUCUGCCCAGGCUACAGAUGGCAGGGAUGCUCUAGUCAAGGCUAUUUAUGGGAGGUUAUUUGUGUGGAUUGUGGAUAAAAUUAACAGUGUCAUCUACAAGCCCCCUCCUGAGGAUUCCAGUGAUGUUUGCCACUCCAUUGGCUUACUGGACAUAUUUGGCUUUGAGAAUUUCAGCACAAAUAGCUUUGAGCAGCUCUGUAUCAACUUUGCCAAUGAGCAGCUUCAGCAGUUUUUUGUGAAGCACAUCUUCAAGCUGGAGCAGGAGGAGUACAGUCGCGAGAACAUCGUGUGGAAGCACAUCGACUUCAAUGACAACCAACGCACCCUGGACGUGCUCGCCAUCAAGGGCCUCAACAUCCUCUCGCUCAUUGACGAGGAGAGCCGCUUUCCUAAGGGUACAGACGCAACCAUGUUGAACAAAAUGAACAAGUCGCAUGAGAAGAGUGACAUCUACAUCCCCCCAAAGAACAGCCAUGACACGCAGUUUGGAAUCCAGCAUUUUGCUGGAGCUGUUUACUAUGAUGCCAAAGGUUUCCUCGAGAAGAACCGAGACGCCUUGAGCCCGGAUCUCCUGCAGCUGAUGGAAACCUCCACUAACAAGCUCCUCAAACAGAUUUUUGCAGCUGAUCUCACAACAAAAACACCAUCGAGCUCCAAUCCCAAGCUGACUGUUACCACCAAAAGCUCAUUACAACAAACGACCGAUACCAAGAAGCGUAUGCCUACCUUGAGCAGCCAGUUCCGCCACUCUUUAGACUCCCUGAUGAAAACCCUUACAGCCUGCCAGCCCUUCUUCAUACGCUGCAUCAAACCCAAUGACUUCAAGAAGCCUAUGCUGUUUGACAGGGACCUGUGCCUACGCCAGCUUCGGUACUCUGGGAUGAUGGAGACGAUCCGAAUCCGCAAAGCAGGAUUUCCUAUCCGACACACUUUUAUGCAGUUUCUGGAGCGCUACCGCGUGCUGUUGAGGACCUCCGAAUGUGACCCCAAAACCGAGCCUCCAGAGAAAUGCUGCCAGAGCAUUUGUGAGUCUGUCCUCAAGGAUAAGGAUGACUGGAAAAUGGGAAAAACAAAGGUCUUUCUCAAGGAUUUUCAUGACACUGCACUGGAGCUCGAGCGAGACAGGGCAAUGAAUAAAAAGGCUAUUAUUAUUCAGAGAGUGCUUCGGGGUUACAAACACAGGAUGCGCUUUCUGCAGCAGAGGAGGGCUGCCGUGGUUCUGCAGAAGCACUGGAGAGGCUACAAAGGCAGGAAACUUUACAGAACGGUCCAGCUGGGCUUCGCUCGACUGCAGGCUACAGUCCGCUCUCGGCAGCUUCGUCACUCCUACAAGCAGAAGCGGGCUGCUGCCAUCCUGCUGCAGACGCAGACCCGGGGAUGCCUUGCGAGAAAGGACUGGAAGCGCAAACAGGAAGCUGUGAGGGUGCUGCAGGCCUACACCAGAGGCAUGCUGGCCAGGAAGGCUGUGAACAAGAUGAAAAAAGAUGCCUUCCUCUCGGCCCAGGAGCGCAGAGCGGAGCAACUAGCUGCCCUUGAGAGGCAGAGGCGGCUGGAGGAGGUGCUCAGGCAAAAGAAGGAGCUUGCUGCCAAAACAGAUUCAAUCACCGAUCAGGAGAUGGUGGACAAUAUAUUCGACUUCUUGCCUAAUAUGGUCGGAGGACAAGAAGGUCAAGCACCGGUGGGAUUCGAGGACUUGGAAAGCAAACGGGUUGUGAUGGAGGAGGUAGACCUCGAUGACACCACUAUGCUAGAUGAGCUUCCAGAAGAAGACUACGACGAACUUGCUGCAUACAGCUUCCACAAAUUUGCCUCCAUGUACUUCCAAGGUUCUGCCACGUCCUCCUACAUCCGCCAAAGGCUGCGACAACCCUUAUUAUUUCACGAGGAUGAAAAUGAUAUUCAGGCUGCUUUGACGGUGUGGUGGAUCAUUCUGAGGUUUAUGGGCGACCUGCCAGAACCAAAGAAACAGACUAAGAGGAUCACAGAUUCUCAGCCCAACAGCUUGGCUCAGCAAAACCUGAUCCCAAGACAAAACCGACGUCUCAGCAGCCUGGUUGGCCCCGAUCAGAAACUGUUAAGAAAUAAGAAAAACAGGAAAGCUUCCACAAUGUCCGACGAGGUGGUGCUCAGUAGGAAGACUUCAACCGUUACCGAAGAGAUAGCUCGGAAUCGAAAAUCUUCCAUCCUCUCAGAUUUGCUCAUAAGAAACAGAAAAACUUCCACCGUACCCGAGGAUGGGAAUCCCAGGCAAAAACUUUCCGCAAUACCUGAAGCGCAGGCACGAAACAGAAAGAUAUCCACUAUCCCAGAGGAAGGAAUGCGGAAAAGAAACCCUUCCAUUAUUCCGGAGGAGACAGAAGAUCAGGAAUCAGCAUCUCCCACGCUGGCUGCUGUGAAAGAGGAGGCGAACACGGCCGAUGAGGAACCUAGCCUGGAUCGGCCGUUGACAUCCCUGGAGAAACUGCACAUUAUUGUGGGAUACGCCAUAGUCAGACGAGAUCUGAGGGAUGAGAUAUAUUGUCAGAUUUGUAAGCAGCUGACAGACAAUAGCAACCGAGGCAGUUACUUCAGAGGAUGGAUUCUUCUUUCCAUCUGUCUUGGUAUCUUUCCUCCAACAGAGCGCUUCAUCAAGUAUCUCCAAAACUUCAUUCGGAACGGCCCUUCGGGCUACGGACAAUACUGUGCCGACAGGCUUCGGCGAACCGUCGCUAAUGGGGUGCGAGGGGAGCCUCCGAGCUGGUUGGAGUUGCAGGCUACCAGGACUAAAAAGCGGAUGGCAGUGUCGGUGACUCUGAUGGAUGGCCGCAACAUCAGCCUGCCCGUGGACUCAGCCUCCACCUCCAAAGAAAUCUGCUCCAUCCUUGCUCAAAAAGUCAAACUGAAGGACACGUUUGGAUUCUCCCUCUAUGUCGCUAUAUAUGAAAAAGUGUGGUCGCUCGGCAGCGGCAAGGAACAUGUGAUGGACGCAAUAUCGCAGUGUGAGCAGGAGGUGAAGAGGAAAGGGGGACAAGAGCAGCAUGCCCCCUGGCGCCUGUACUUCCGCAAGGAGGUCUUCACACCCUGGCAUGACUGUGCAGAAGACCCAAUCAGCACCGAGCUCAUCUACAGGCAGAUUAUCCGUGGUCUGAAGUUCGGGGAGUACAAGUGUGACAAAGAGGAUGAGCUGGUUCAGCUCGGAGCAAAACACCUGUACGUGCAGUAUGGGCCAAGCAGUGCGCAGGAGGACGCAAAGAAAGCAGUCCAAGAAUGCAUCAGCAACUCUUGGCUUGAAGCAAAAUCUGAGGAGAAAUGGUUGCAGAUGAUCGCCACUGCACACCUUCAGGGUCCUUACAUGAACUCCAGAAAGAAGAUUGCCACUGUCAUGGCAGAAGUAGUUGAUUAUGCUCGCCAGAAGUGGCCCGUGUUCUUCUCCCGCUUUUUCGAAGUUGUUAGGACAUCAGGUCCUUCAUUAGCUAAAAACAAGUUCAUUGUUGCCAUAAACUGGACCGAAAUUCUUUUCCUUGACGAGAGGGAGCGGAAACUGCUGCAGCUGUCCUACCCCGAGGUGACUGCAGUCAACUCGAUGAGGGACGGAAAGGCUUUUGGGCAGUCUCUCUUUCUCUCCACGCUCAAGGGAGACUUCACCCUUAAUGCUGUCAUGGCUGGAGAAAUAGUCGAUCUCCUGCACAUGUUCCUAGGGGGACUGAGGGAGCGAUCCGUCUAUGCGGUAGCCUUGGAGGAAGCUAACCGACAGGACGACAAUACCUUCCUCAGCUACAAGAAAGGGGAGCUUAUCGUUAUCAUCAAAGACCAGGAAUAUUCUUCAGACCAUGGCUGGAUUAAAGGCAAAAACGAGAGGACGGGCCAAACUGGAGCCGUUUCCACUGAUGCCAUUUUGAUUUUGCCCACCCUCAACAAGCCCACCAAUGAAGUGCUGAGCCUGCUGAACCUAUCCCCAGAUCAGAGGAAGACAAUCAUCCAAAGCACCCAGAAAGACGUUGGCACAGUGGAGAGGAUUGCCCCUGCCUCACUUAAAGAGUUUUCCUUCGAGAACUUCAGACAGCCUAACAAGGACUUGAACCGUCACGUCCUCAACAAGGGAUCUGCUCCAGAGAGACUGUGGGUCUGCUCCCGGGAACCCAUCAAGCAGCCGCUGCUGAAGACGCUGAUGAACAAUUCGGACCUGAGCCAUCAGGCCUGCUUGUCCUUCACCGCCAUUCUGAAGUACAUGGGAGAUUACCCUACCAGGCAGGCGCAGAGUCCGCUGGAGCUCACCGACCAGAUCUUUGGCCCUGCUAUGCAGAACAAGGCGCUACGGGAUGAGAUAUACUGCCAGAUCAUGAAGCAGAUGACCAGCAACAACAAUAGGUUCAGCAUUGAGCGGGGCUGGCAGUUGCUGUGGCUCUGCUGUGGCCUCUUCCCACCAAGCCAGGCCCUGCUGAAGCAUGCGCAGCGUUUCAUUGAGUCCCGCCGCAAGGAACCCCUAGCGCCGGACUGCCUGCAGCGCCUGAAGGGAUCCCUCAGGAUGGAACCUCGAAAACUUCCCCCUCAUCAGGUGGAGGUCGAUGCGAUCCAGCAGAACAGCACUCAGAUCCUUCACAAGGUGCACUUCCCCAACGACACCGAGGAGAUUUUUGAGGUGGCCACCAGCACCAGGGUCCGAGACCUCAUUCAGAGCAUCGCUCAGCAGCUCGUGCUCUUAUCGGCAGACGGAUUCAGCAUAUUUGUGAAAACCCCGGACAAGGUCCUUAGCUUGAACGAAACCGACUACUUUUUCGACAGUCUCAGACAGAUCACUGACUGGUCAAAGUUUGGGAGGAGGACUAGGGAUGGAGGGCCAGUGAGCGUGACCUACAUGGUGUUCUUCAUGAGAAAGCUGUGGUUCAACGUGAUCCCAGGAAGAGAUCUGGAGGCUGACCUUAUCUUCCACUACCCGCAGGAGCUGCCCAAGUACUUGCGUGGAUACCACUCAUGCAGAAAGGAGGACAUGGUUAGCGUGGCAGGCCUGCUCUUCAGGGUGAAGGUGGACAGUGACACGUCGCAGUUCCCCAUGAUCCCUAAGAUGCUGAAGGAGCUCGUGCCCAGCGACCAGCUGAAGGCCAUGUCGUCAGAGGAGUGGAAGAAGAACAUAAUUAGUGCUUACAAAAAACAAUCUGAUGUGACUGUGGAAGAUGCAAAGGUGGCCUUCUUGAAGAUCAUCCACCGAUGGCCUACGUUUGGUUGCGCUUUCUUUGAAGUAAAGCAAACAUCUGAGCCUAAUUUCCCAGACAUUGUACGAAUUGCCAUCAGCAAACAAGGGGUCACCAUCAUCCAUCCCAAGACCAAAGAUGUGCUGGCAACACACCCAUUCAAUCGCAUCGCAAACUGGUGCAGCGGAAGCACCUACUUUCACAUGACGAUUGGCAACCUCAUCAAGGGGAACAAGCUCCUCUGCGAGACUUCGCUGGGCUACAAAAUGGACGACCUGCUGACUUCCUACGUCAACCUGUACCUCAGCGAGAGGAAGGCGGUGCGGCCAAGAAGCCGGCGUCUCCCCGAGUGAGACGCGGAGGCCAAACGGCACGGAAGAACGUGAGCCGAACGGUGUAACCCGUGCCAAGCGCGGGACUGCUGAUGUAACUCCGACUGUGUGCUACUUGGUGAAACGCGAAUCGGUGGUGGUGAAGUACAGCGCGGCUUUCCGCUCAUCUGCAACAUUUCAAUA